AUGGGUCUGGCUGUGAAGAGCUGGCUGGCAAACGAGGGAGGAAAACACUGUGUUCUGGUCACCUGGCUGGGUGUAAGUGUGUGGCUCUUUUGGAGAACAUUCAUGAUGUACUACAGUGAUGCACGGUACUACUACCUCUACAACAUGCUUGGGCUGGGACUUUGCAUCAGUCGAGCAUCAGCGUCUGUUCUGAACCUGAACUGCAGCCUCGUCCUUUUGCCCAUGUGCAGAUCCAUCCUGACUGUACUGAAAGGAAAAACUCAGGUGAAGAGCAGAAAGGUUCGUAGACUGAUGGAUAAGAGUAAAACCUUCCAUGUGGCGUGUGGAAUCUCCAUCUGUAUUUUUUCAGUGGUUCAUGUGGGUGCUCACCUGGUAAAUGCCGUCAACUUCUCAGACAGAUUCUCAGACGAGUUUCCCGACAUCAAUGUGGCACAUCACCGGGGGCAGGAUCCCCGUCUUCUCAUCCUCACCACAGUUCCUGGGAUUACUGGCAUUUUAUUGGUGCUGAUUUUGUUCCUGAUGUUCACAGCGUCUUCACAGAGCAUACGGGUGUGUAACUAUGAGAUCUUCUGGUACACUCACAAUCUCUUCAUUGUGUUCUACAUUAUACUGAUGAUGCACAUACUGGGUGGGGCUCUAAAGUACCAGACGAACGUGGAUGCCCACCCACCUGGCUGCGUAUCAGCCAAUCAGACAAAUGUAAGCUCAGCCACUUUGACGAAUCAAGAUCUGCAGGAAGAAAAGUGCAUGGGGACAGUGGAUAUGUCACCAAAAGUGUGUAGAGAAGAUGCCAAAUUUCAGUCUCACUUUCCAGAGACGUGGCUGUGGGUCCUGGCACCCCUCAGUCUUUACUGUGCCGAGAGGGUCUAUCGUUAUUGGCGGGGUAGUUCUCCUGUUACCGUGGUUUCCGUUUCCAGGCACCCCUGUGAUGUAAUAGAGGUCUGCAUGUUAAAAAGUGGUUUUAAGCCCCGUCCAGGACAGUACAUCUUGCUGAACUGUCCGAGUGUGUCGUCAUUUGAAAACCACGCUUUCACUCUGACAGCGUGCCCAACACAGAACAAAAACACAUUUGGAAUUCAUGUACGGGUGGUUGGAGACUGGACUGAAAGUUUUUCAAAACUCAUGCUGCCUGAGCUGGAGCAUUCUAAAAUCCUAGCCAUGAUGCACCAGCGCACAUACCCCAAGUUGUACGUGGACGGUCCGUUCGGCACGGCGUCUGAGGAAGUGUUUGAUUAUGAAGUAAGUGUGUGUGUGGCUGGAGGGAUUGGAGUUACACCCUUCGCCUGUGUCCUACAAACCCUGCUUGAUGAUUGGCGGCAGUAUAAGCUACAAAGAUUAUACUUUGUGUGGGUGUGUCGAGACCUGCAGUGUUUCCAAUGGUUUGCUGAUUUGCUGUGUAUUGUACAUCACAAGUUGUGGGCGGAAAAUCGACCAGAUUUUUUGAAUAUUCGUCUCUAUCUCACCAAUAGUCAAGAGUUGAAGAGCUUCACAUGGGACAACUACAGCCCUCUCAGUUCCAGGCUUUUAACUGGUCGACCCAGUUGGAGGAACCUCUUUCAGGAGAUAGGACGAGCCAAUAAUCAUAAGAAAGUGGGGGUUUUCUGCUGUGGUCCUAAAAGCAUCUCGAGCGAAUUACACAAACUCUGUAACUCAUUCUCUGCCUCAGGAACUGUUUUUGAGUUUAACAAAGAGUCCUUCAGUUAAUGUGAGGAGACGAAGCACAAUCAGUUAAAAAAGAAUCUGACAGGUUAAUGCAGUCGAAGGAAAGACAACCACCGAGCUGCUCUGUUUCAGGAGAAACGACCAGAGAAUAAAUGGAUUCAAUUCUCAGGAACAACAAUUUUCAGGAAGUGAUUAAGAAAGAGCAAAAAUACUUGGACUUAAACCAAAGAGAGUUUUAUUUAAGCACUGCAUAAUUUGUAUGUUUUAUUUAAUCAUUAUGAAAUGUUUACAUUUAUUUAAAUUUAUGU